AUGGCAGUAAAGGAAUUCUUCCUCGCUGGUAAAGAGGGCACGACCGUCGCAUUAGAUAUUUCGUCAUCUGAGGAUGUAGUGGACCUUGAGUUUGGUAUUGUAGAUAUCUUUGGAAUUAGUAAUGCGGCCGGCAGAAUAGCUAUUAAAGUUGACCAACAGCGGAUUCAGGAUCCUGUUCGGCCAAGAGAACUUCCACUUUGUAAGAAUCAUUUCGAAAUUUACCCAGAUCACAUAGGCAAUCAUGACCGAAAUCUUGCCCAAGUCUCAGAAGUCGUUUUGGCCGAGAGCGAAUUCUUUAACAAGAAAAGAUCAGAUGCCUCGCAUCCUCUAUAUUUCGUGAGAGACGAAACGACGCUAUUCAUAUGCGAUACGAACGAUCCUACAUUCGAACUUGUACACAGGUUUGUCCCCCCGGGUAUGUCACCUAGAGUCGUCCGAAAAUACACUGGAAGUAUACAGCGAGCUAUUGGACAGUCCAUCAGGGUUUUUGACGAAGUGGAUAAACAAAGCAAGGCUUUCAAUAUAUACCAUAUUUUAGCAGAGGUGAAAAAGCGAGUUUUCGCGCUGGUGGAUGAAGUAAUCGAUGAUGCUGCGCGGACGGGGCGGGGCGGGACAAGACUUCCCGAUUGCAGAAGCAGCGCUCAUGAUGAAGGGAAUAAGCUUCCCAAAGAAUACAGGUUGACAAACAUUAUCACGCUCUUAGCAGCUGGUUUUGUUACUAGCGCCUCGCCGCUAUCUUGGAUGAUCUAUGCUCUCACACAGUACCCUGGAAACAAGGAGCGGCUGGUUCAAGAGCUCGUCAACCACGGAGCCUCAUUCGACAAGGGAGACUCAUCACAUGCACAACCCCUAGUCCCUGGAGGCUGGCGCAUCCCCGGUGGUGCAAUCGUCAUCCUAACAUUUCCGUCUAUCCACAAGAACAAGGACCACUGGGAUAACUUCGACAGACAUCGUACUGCGUUUACGUCUUUUGCAACCGGGCCCCGUGGAUGUGUCGGGUUCAAAGUGGCCACAAUAGAGGCAAAGCUCGUUUUAGCCAACCUGGUCUAUCGAUACCGGUUCGUCGACGCCAGCAAGGAAACUAUGCAGUACGACCCUGAGUUCCUGGUCAUUCGGCCAUUGAAUAGUUAUGUUAGGGCACACAGGAGAACUAGCUGGCCGGAGAAAAGUUCAUGUUCCUGA